AUGUCAAGCAGGAGCCCAACCGGCCGUGGUCGUGCCGCGUGGAAGGAUCCGGACAGCCAUGCUACCCUUCUCGCUGAUUUUGGCACCGCGGCUGUCGUCAUGGCUGAGGACAAGUCGUUGGUCUGGGAUCUCAUGGAGUACAUGCACUCUAAAUGGCACAGAUUCGGCCAUGACGAAGAGUACCGGAGUUUCUACGGCGCAACUUUGCUCUGGGCGGCACUGCCGGUGGCCGUUGCAUUUCCUCCGGCCAACAACAACGGCAAGUUGGGCCUCGUGGAUCUAGUGUUGGCAACAUCCAAGUCCGAGGUGACGGGCUCCUCCGGUCCUCACUUCCGGAAGGCGGAGCUCAAGCCGGAUUCGGGGCCGGGUGAAGUGGAUGCCAAGCAAGUUCUCCCCGCCGCGCUUCCUAUCGUGCUUCAAGCGGAGUGA